AAGCUAGUAUGAUUUUGGGAUAAGCUUGUAGAGUAGUAAUUUAGAGUAAGGAGUGGCGGUGAGGUGAAGUGGUUGAGUGAAGAAAGGAUGCCGGUCUCCAACAACCAGCAGCUGUACGCUCCGGUCCGUCAGAGCGCAUCAUCGUCGCAAUCAUUCACUUCAAGGAUCCUCCUGCUCCUCACUCUCCUCCCCCUCUCCUUGGCCGCGAUAGCCUUCAUCCUCCAAUGGCGCGGCGGCGUCUCCGAUCCGGCCACCCUCGCCGCCCCCCGCGGCUCCCACCGCUACUUCCCCGGCAUGGAGCCUUCUCCCCUCUCCCCUCUCUCUCACAAUUCCCACUCCGAUUGCAUCAAUCUUGCCCGCACCGCUUCCCCUUCCUUCCCUUACUACCAUAACUGGAAGCUUGACUUUGCGCCCUCCCUCACCCCUAAGAUUUGUGUUACGACGAGUACUUCGGCAGGGCUUGAGCAGAUUUUACCUUGGAUGUUUUAUCAUAAAGUCAUUGGCGUGACAAAUUUUUUUCUUUUUGUGGAGGGGAAGGCUGCUUCCCCUGAAGUAUCAAAUGUCCUAGAAUCAAUUCCUGGUGUAAAGGUCAUAUAUAGAACAAAACAGCUGGAAGAACAACAAGCUAAGAGCCGUAUUUGGAAUGAGACAUGGCUAGCAGGUUUCUUUUAUAAACCAUGCAAUUAUGAACUUUUUGUGAAGCAAUCCCUCAACAUGGAGAUGGCUAUUGUUAUGGCAAGGGAUGCUGGUAUGGACUGGAUUCUUCAUCUUGAUACAGAUGAGUUAAUACACCCAGCUGGUGCUCGGGAGUAUUCUUUAAGGCAAUUGCUCCUCGAUGUUCCAAGACAUGUUGAUAUGGUCAUAUUUCCUAACUACGAGAGCAGUGUUGAGCGAGAUGAUAUCAAAGAACCUUUUAGUGAGGUAUCGAUGUUUAAGAAGAACUAUGACCAUCUUCCAAAGGAUACAUACUUUGGCAUGUACAAAGAUUCUGUGCGCGGCAAUCCAAACUACUUCCUUACUUAUGGAAAUGGAAAAUCAGCUGCUCGGAUACAAGAUCAUCUUCGGCCUAAUGGUGCACACAGAUGGCAUAAUUAUAUGAAAACCCCAAAUGAAAUCAAAUUGGAAGAGGCUGCUGUUUUACAUUACACAUAUGCAAAAUUCUCAGACUUAACUUCUAGACGUGACCGCUGUGGUUGCAAACCUACAAAAGAAGAUGUCAAAAGAUGCUUCAUGUUGGAAUUUGACAGAUCUGCAUUUAUCAUUGCUUCAACUGCAACUGAAGAUGAAAUGCAGAAGUGGUAUAAUGAGCAUGUUGUGUGGGGUGAUAAAGACGUGAAGAUGAAACUUUUGAGGAAGGGAAUAUUGACUCGCAUAUAUACUCCCAUGGUCAUAAUCCAAAGUUUAAGGGAAUCUGGAGUCUUCAGUUCUGUCAUUGCAUCUGCCCCAACACUUUCCAAAGAAAAUUUUCUGCUGUCAAUUGAUAGUAGUAACUCGUCAAGAGCCUCCGCUUCUGUAUCCCUCCCUUCUAGAAAGGCUGGAAGAACCAAAGAAUCUCAAGCAGCUACAAGGAAGAUUUUGGAUAUUGAAUCUGCUGCAUUUCAUGAAGUAGCUGUACCACCACUGUCUCCCCCAGGGGUAGAUGACAAUGACCUCAUUUCACACAAUUGAUCUUCCUCAGAGCAUGCCCGUCAUCUCCUUCCAUUUGGGUAUUACUGUUGUGUCAUAUUAUGAAGAAUCUACAGGUGAAGAAAGAGCAACUUGGCUGCUUUUUCUGAUUAUACGAGCCUUGAAUAUAUUUGGUGUUUGUUGCUAUCCAAAUGCCAAGCAUUAAUCAGUGGCUUGUUUUGGGAGUGGAUAGGCCUUGAUGAAAACGGUUGGAUACCUUAUUUUAGCCAUUUUUUUUGUAUAGAAACCUGAGUGUUAUUAGUAUGAAUUCUUUUUUUUUUGCCUUUUUCACGUCCAGGUACUAAAAUUGUGGCUAGGAUAGUAGUAUGUUGUGCAUUUCGCUCGACUCAAUUCUUUGUAUCAUACAUAUAUAUACCUUUUAUGUUAGAAAACGAUUUCAAAGCA